GUUGCCCCUACUCUAGCGCAAACAACACACACACGUGCACGUGACGACAAUGAGUAAAAAACCGCAUUCCAUAAAAGUUCCCACCCAAUACAGGGCGACUGCCAAGAUAUUGAAGGCGGCAUUGGAGCAGCAGAAGUGCAUCAAGACCCUGAUAUUCGCGGAGAAGCAUGCACGUACACGCUCUUUGCAUACGGUGCUGAAAAAAUUUAGCGAAAAUCGUGUGGCGGUGGAAAAGGCCAUCGAGGAGACAGGACUGCUCAGGGACAAUCCCAGCUUUGAUCCCAGUUUGGCCAAGAUUCUAGUCACCGAACUGCUAUUUGCCAGGAAGGAGCUAAACGGCGAAAGCAAACCCGUGCAAACGGUGCGAAGUUACAAGGAGCGCUUGCUGAAUUCCAUCGGAGAUUUCGGGGUCAAGCGGAAAGAACCCAAUCCUCGUUAUGUGCGCAUCAACACAAAUCUAUACAGUUUGGCGGAGGCCUUGGAGUACCUGUAUAGCGAGGACUGGCGACGCAAGGAGCUGCCUGCGGAUGCCAGCUAUGCGGACUUUCUGACUGCCAUCAAAUCGCUGGAGGAGGACGAGUUCAUGACCGAUCUGCACGUGGAGGGUGUGCUCAUUUUCCCUCCCAAGUGGUCCAACUAUUGGGUCAGGCAUCCGUUGGUGCACGGGAAGAGGUUUAUACUGCAGAACAAGGCCACCUGUUUGGCCGCCGAACUACUUGCUCCGCCGACUGGGGCCACUGUGCUGGAUAUGUGCGCAGCUCCCGGUAUGAAGACAGUGCACAUAUGCAACGUGAUGCAAAACAAGGGAUGCAUCUACGCCGUGGAGCAGGACUACAAACGCUAUAAUACGCUGUGCGACAUUACCGAGGAGGCUGGUUGCGCUAUUGUAAAACCCAUUUUUUCAGACGCCUUGGACCUAACACCCGAACGCUUUGCGGACGUAGAGUACAUCCUGGUGGACCCCAGUUGCUCUGGCAGCGGAAUGCAAAACCGCAUGACCGUGUGCGACGAGCCGAAGGACGACAGGCGGCUGCAAAAGCUGCAGGGAUUGCAAAUAAAGAUCCUGUCGCACGCGAUGAGCUCCUUUCCGAACGUCAAACGCAUCGCCUACUGCACGUGCUCGCUGUGGAAGGAGGAAAACGAGCAAGUGGUGCAGCGCUGUCUUCAGCUAAAUCCAUCCUACAAGCUGCUCAGCUGCAAGAAGGCAUUGCGCAACAAGUGGCACAAUGUGGGCGACACGGACUACCCCAAUAUUGGCAAGAACGUCCUGUAUUGCUUGCCGGAAAGUGAUCUUACCGAUGGCAUCUUUCUGGCCCUUUUCGAGAAACGCCGCGAAGGCGAAGUGGAUUAGUUGUUUCAAACGCAAGAAGGACAAUUGUUUUCUUAAAUUGUAACCAUUAUCUUUAUUUGGCACUUGAGCCAUUGAAUUUUUCAUCUUCAGAAUAUGUGUACACCUUUUAAAAAAAAAUAAAAAAUUAUAUAAUA